AUGACUACAGCUCAUCGUCCCACUUUCGAUCCGGCACAAGGCAAAGAGGCCCUUCGUGGACCGGCGUAUCACCAGCGCCUUCUCCCCGCAUAUACACACCUCAAAGUCCGACAACCUGGACAGGGUGGUGAUGCCGAUAAUGAAGUCCGUGACCUACGCGCAGAGCUCCUCCAGGCCGAGGCUGCCCAUUUUGCCAAGAAGAACGGUCUCCCCGUCGAUGGACAAGCUGCCGCGGAGCCGAAUGCCCCGAAGCGACAACUCGAAUCCGCGCCCGCGGAUGGUGGUGAAAGUGGCGAGACAGAAGAUCCGGAAGCGAAGCGAAGGAGGAUCCUAGAAGAAACUCGGGACAUAGAUGCGGACUCCGAUGGGUCAGAAGAAGAGAGCAGUGACGAGGAGAGCGACGACGAGGACGAAUCAGCAGAGCUAAUGCGCGAGCUGGAGAAGAUCAAGAAGGAACGGCAGGCGCAAAAGGAGAAAGAGGAACAAGAACGGGCCGCCGAGGAGCAAGAACAGCGCGAGGUCGACAUUGCCCGAGGCAACCCUCUGCUUAACUCGCAAGACUUCAACAUGAAGCGACGAUGGGACGAUGAUGUGGUAUUCAAAAACCAGGCGCGGGGCACGGAGAAGAAGGAUGGCAAGGAGUUUGUCAACGACUUGCUGCGCUCUGAUUUCCACAAGCGAUUUAUGUCGAAGUACGUCCGGUAA